AUGCAGAUGUCGUUCCAUGUUGCAUCCGUUCUGAUCCUGUUGGGGUUGGUCCAUUGCAACGCUUCCGCCAUGGCCUCACAUAGCAAGGCACCGGAGCAAGCAACAGGGCGCAAGUCAGACCAUGGCCUCCCGAUCUCCCUCAGUCCUCCGCACCAGCAAGCGUUGCCUGAGAGCUCUCAUCCUGACCUUGCCGCCAACACCGUCAUGAGCUUGUGGGGAGAGCCGGACCCCGUCAGGCUCGUUGCCUGCUCGGACGGCUGCUGCAGGCUUGAGAUCAACCACAACGACGAGUGGGGGACAGUUUGCAGCGACUGGUUCGACAACUAUGAGGCGGCGAUGGUGUGCCGGCAACUUGGGUGCUCGGGAGGAGGGGUGUUUGGGAACUAUGGCUACUGGCGCAGCAGGGGAUCUGGACGGAUCUGGAUGACGCGGGUGCAGUGCAACGGCUACGAGUCAGGGAUAUCUUUCUGCGGGCACAACGGAUGGGGCAACGUGAACUGUGACCACAAUGGCGACGUGGGAGUCUGCUGCGAUCGAGGAUGCACCUCAACGGCCCCAGUAAGGAUGGAGGACUGCCAGGAGGAUGGAUGCUGCAGGCUAGAGGUGAAGUACAACAACGAGUGGGGCACAGUCUGUGAUGAUGGCUUCUCGGUGAGAGACAGCUGGGUUGCAUGCAGGCAGCUCGGCUGCACUGGCGGUCGACGCAUCUACUCUUACGGAGGAGGGAAGGGUCCCAUCUGGAUGGACAAGGUGCAGUGCGGAGGAGGAGAGUAUGCUCUGUCGGAGUGCCCGUUCGGAGGCUGGUGGUACCAGUGGGGCAAGCACAACUGCGAUCAUCAUCAUGAUGUUGGGAUCUGCUGCGAUGGCGGAUGCAAUGGGCGAGGAGACCCUUUGAGGAUGGCGGAUUGCCGUCCCGACGGCUGCUGUCGAGUCGAGAUCAACCAUGACGGGCAAUGGGGAACCAUCUGCGACGACAGCUUCUCCGAGCAUGACGCUCAAGUGGGUCCGAUCUGGAUGGACGAAGUCUCCUGCAGCUCGAGGGAGGCAGCGCUUUCUGCUUGUGCUCAGAACGGUUGGGGCCGUCAUGAUUGCAGCCAUUCUGAGGACGUCGGUGUUUGCUGCACUGGUGGCUGCAUCCGUGGGAACGGCAACGGUGGUUAUCAAACCGCAACCGCCCCCCGCACGAAUGGGCGAGACAUCCGAAUGGCAGACUGCACGGAGGAUGGAUGUUGCCGAGUCGAGAUCAUGAUGAACGGCAUGUGGGGAUCAAUCUGCGACAUAGGAUUCUCAGAGGCCAACGCUGCCGUUGUCUGCCGCCAGCUCGGCUGCCCCGCGGCCGGAGAGGUCAUGAAGGGCUUCGGGCGAGGGACUGGCAUGAUCUGGAUGGACGGGGUGCAGUGCCAGGGAUCAGAGGGAAAGAUUCAGAACUGUCCCUCCAACGGAUGGGGGAGGCACGACUGUACCCACGAGGAUGACGUAGGGUCUGUGGGAGGAUGCUGUCGUGUAGAGAUCAAGUACAGUGGAAUGUGGGGAACAGCGAUGCCAACGCUGCAGUUGUGUGCCGACAGGUUGGAUGCUCGGCGCGUCUCUCGCCCCUCGUUCGGCAGCAAGGAAGAACUUCCUAUCUGGAUGAGCCGCGUGAGCUGUACAGGGCAGGAGAGCAGGACGGGAUCUCAAACUGCAAGUUCGCUGGAUGGGGCAAGCAUGAUUGCGCUCAUUAUCAUGAUGUUGGAGUUUGCUGCAACCCUGGAUGUGCUGCGCAGGACGCCGGAGUAG